AUGUCUGGCAGGCGGGACAGCCUCUCUCCUCCUGAGAGGAGCGGCACCCAAGAUCCUGGAGCGCGGGAGCUAGAUUCUGAAUCCGAGGACCACUUCUCCGACGCUCAGUCCGCCCCUCAUAGCCCAAGUGCUUCCCCUGUUCCCAAGCUUCGAGUGGAGAAGACCAGCAAUGAGCCUUCCUAUGGCGAAGUCCCCGGGACGGAGGCGUACAAAUUGCGGCAGGAGGAUGCUGAGCCGGAUGAGAUAGCGGUUGUAACCGAGGAGCAGAAGGCGGUUCAAGAGGAGGAAGAGCUCAGAUCACCCACUCCUGGCGGCCGUCCCAUCCCCAAGACUGUGGUUGAAGAGAGCGACGGCAAUACGGAGGAACAGUCCCACCCAGAGAAGAAGUACACGGCGGACACGCCAGCAGAUCUUGUUCUCAAGGCUGAUGGGUCGUCGGACGGGGAAGAGGGAACUGAUGAAGAACCAAUAUCACCAGCAUUGUCCUCGCCACAGUCCGUCCGCUCAAGACGAAAGUCCUCUGUUGCCAAUCACGAUGGUGCUGAAGAUGAUGGCUUCGGAGAUGACUUUGACGACUUCGAGGACGGUGACGACGACGCGGACUUCGGCGACUUUGACGAUGGCUUCCAGGAGCCCGAAACACCUGCCGCCCCUCCAUCAUCAGCACCGGCUGUGCAGCCCUUAUCUUUUCCCAUACCGGACUUCGACGGCAUGGACACGGACGACAUACUCAGCACCACAGAACCCUACCUCAAUGCCCUCUUUCCCACAACAGCAGAUGACGAGGGCAUCACAAUAACACCACCACCAAAAGACAACCCAAUAUUCCUCACCCCUCGCUCCGCCUCCCUCUGGUCCCAACUCGUCGCCCCACCACCGCUUCAACCUCCAGACUGGAUCCGCUCACGCAUUAGGCGACUCUUCCUCGUCUCGCUUGGUGUUCCCGUCGACCUGGACGAGAUCCUUCCCGCAUCAAAACAGAAGAAAUUGGUACUACCCUCAGUCCACUCACCCAGAACGUCCAACGACUCCCGCCGAUCAGGUUCCAAGGGACCCUCUCGCCUCAAGACCCCACAGCCAGGGCAGGAGGGCGGCCGCGCCUCAGAUUCAGGGGACGGGACUGGCGGAGGGGGAGGGGGAGGGGGAGGUGGCGGAGGAGGGGGGGCGCGCACGGGGACGAAGCGCAAGGCACCGCCGCCCGAGUUUGACCUGGUGGCCGCGAAGCAGCUGUGCGCGACUACGGACGAGGCCCUGGACGGGAUGACGGACGCGGAGCUCAAGGAGCACGUCAAGAGGCUCGAGGGCCUGGACGGCACCGCCAAGGCGGUCCUGGACUACUGGCAGCAGAGGACGGACGAGCAGAUCGGGGAGAGGGAGGCGUUCGAGGGGGUGAUUGAGAACCUGGUGAAGCACGCCCGCAAGACGAGGAAGUAA